AUGGGUGAUGUCGGGGCGGUGGUGCUGGUUCGAGGAGGUGCCAGUGCAACGUUUGCAUGGUCAGGUGCACUUGGCUUCAGGCCCUGGGAGGCGCUAUCAAACCCACGGCCGCGCUGCUGUGUUGACCAGGACGGCCUGCUCGUGCAGUGCGCCGUGGCCGGCUACGAAAGCCAGGCAGCGGAGAGGUGCAGGCCGAGGGUGAAGCCGGCAGGGUGCUUUAGAUGGGAUGCGCUUGGAUGGGGCAGAGAGGUAAAGGAGGACGUGGUACAUAUCAGGAGCAGUUGUGGUGCCUACAUAUGUGUACCCCGUUGUUUUCUCCAAUCCCAUAAAAUAUGUAGCAAUUCAUAUUGGGUCUUCUUUAUUCAUGGUAAGAUAGCCGAAUAUACCUCUGGUCAAUUUUAUAUUGUUCACAUGUAUUUACUUUAUUCAACUGAUGAUCGGGUCUUCUUUUAUUUUUGUUCCUCAAUCGUAGACUCGUAG